GUCCCACCUCCUCAGAGUUAGUCUGUGUGUGUGUGUGGAUGGAGCUGAAGCUGCCCAAGAUGUCUGCUAGGAUUCUUGUAGCAUUGCUGGUCGUGACCUGCUCCGUUUCUGCCCAGCUGGACGUGGAGAACGGGGCGAGGGAGUUUCUGAAGAAGUUCGACAAGGAGGCCACACAGCGCAUGUACACGUACUCUCUGGCGUCAUGGGCCUACAACACCGACAUCACAAAGGAGAACUCAGACAAACUGUCAGAACAGGGGCAAAUUUGGAGCAACUUCUACACCCAGAUGUCAGAAGAGUCGCAGAAAUUCCCCAUCGGCGAGAUCAAUGAUCCAGAAAUCAAAUUACAGCUCAUCUCCCUUCAAGACAAAGGCGCUGGUGCCCUGUCCCAGGAUAAGGGUGCACACCUGAGUAAGGUGAUGAGUGAGAUGAGCACCAUCUACAGCACAGCGACAGUGUGUCUGAUGGACGACCCCCUGAACUGCCAGACUUUGGAGCCAGGCCUGGAGCAUGUGAUGUUCAACAGCCGAAACUACUCCGAGCGUCUGCACGUGUGGGAGGGCUGGAGGAGAGAGGUGGGGAAGAGGAUGCGGCCCCUGUAUGAAGAUUAUGUGGAUCUGAAGAAUGAAGCAGCCAAACUAAACGGUUUUGAAGACUACGGAGCGUACUGGAGAUAUAACUAUGAGACCAUUGAGGACGACAUUCGGUACAAGUACACUAGAGAUCAGCUCAUGGACGAUGUCCGUUCAGUAUACAAGGAGAUCAUGCCAUUGUACAAGGAGCUGCAUGCCUACGUGAGAGCCAGGCUAAUGGAGGUCUACCCAGGAUACAUCCAUUCACAGGGGCCUCUGCCAGCCCACCUGCUGGGUGACAUGUGGGGGAGAUUCUGGACCAACCUGUACCCUCUGUCUGUUCCCUACCCGGAAAAACCCGAUAUCGACGUCAGCAAAACUAUGCUGGAUAAGGGAUGGAAUGAAAUCAGACUUUUUAAGGAAGCAGAGAAGUUCUUCACUUCUGUGGGCCUGUACACGAUGUUUGAAAACUUCUGGAACAACUCCAUGCUGGUGAAGCCCGAGGACGGACGCAAGGUGGUCUGUCACCCCACAGCCUGGGACAUGGGGAACAAAGAGGACUUUAGGAUCAAAAUGUGCACCAAGGUCAACAUGGAAGACUUCCUGACGGUGCACCACGAGAUGGGUCACAACCAGUACCAGAUGGCCUACCGCAACCUGUCCUACCUCCUGAGGGACGGCGCCAACGAGGGCUUCCACGAGGCCGUCGGGGAGAUCAUGUCCCUCUCUGCCGCGACGCCCAAACACCUGCAGAGCCUGGACCUCCUGCCUGCCGACUUCACUUAUGAUAACGAGACCGAGAUCAACUUCCUGCUGAAACAGGCGCUCACCAUCGUGGCCACACUGCCGUUCACCUACAUGCUGGAGGAGUGGAGGUGGCAGGUGUUUGCAGGCAACGUCUCCAAGGAUGAAUGGAUGCAGCGCUGGUGGGAGAUGAAGAGGGACAAGGUGGGGGUGGUGGAGCCGGUGCCAAGAGACGAGACUUACUGUGACCCGCCUGCUCUGUUCCAUGUAUCUGGAGACUAUUCCUUCAUCAGGUACUUCACAAGAACCAUCUACCAGUUUCAAUUCCAAAAAGCGCUCUGCAACGCGGCCGGUCACACAGGUCCCUUGUCUACAUGUGACAUUACUAAUUCUACAGCCGCAGGAACCAAGCUGAGGAAUAUGUUAGAGCAGGGAAGGUCCAAGUCCUGGACCAGGGCUUUGCAUACGAUAUCCGGUGACGUCAAGAUGGAUGCCGGCCCCCUGUUGGAAUAUUUUCAAAAACUCCAUGUAUGGCUGAAGGCAGAGAAUAAGAAACACAACAGGACUGUCGGCUGGGAGGCAGCAAUAGAUCCAUAUUCGCAGAAUGCCAUUAAAGUCAGAAUAAGUUUGAAGGCUGCCAUGGGCGAUGACGCUUAUACCUGGAAUGACAACGAGCUGUACCUGUUCAAGGCCAACAUUGCGUACGCCUUGAGGCAGUACUACCAACAACAGAACGAGACGCUUCCCUUCACAUCAGAGAAUAUUCUCACCUACGACAUGAGUCACAGAAUCUCCUUCAACCUUGUGGCCACCAACCCAGCGACUCCUUCCAUAUUCAUCCCAAAGAAUAUUGUGGAGGCUGCCAUCCGUUUAUGCCGAGGCCGAAUCAACGGUGCCUUCCAACUGGACGACUGGACGCUGGACUUCGUGGGUAUCCCGGCAACACUGGCCCCUCCUGUGGAGCAGCCAGUGACGGUGUGGCUGGUGGUGUUUGGGGUCGUCAUGGGAAUCGUGGUGCUCAUGGGCACCUACCUCAUUGUCUCCGGUGUCAGAGAUCGCAAGAUGAAAUCCGCAAAGACGGUCGCGGAGAAUCCGUACGACGCAGACAACGACGGGCAAAUUAACAAAGCCUUCGAGGACAGCGACAAUGAACAAACUGGAUUCUGAUUCAACAGAGAACAGAGGGAAGGUGUCGUCGAUGCUCUUAGUCACUAUCCAAAGACAAAGUGAAAGCUUUUGCUUUUAUAAAGCCUUCCCCUCUUUCACCAGUGCUGCGUGGCCUUUCAUCAGGCAACACGACCAAAUGUGUAUAUGUGUAAAAGAUUUGGUUGUCUGGGGUUUUGACCCUCACUGACUAUUAUUGUUAAUACCCCUUUAAAAAUCCCCCUGUAAAAAAUGUACACCUAAUUGUUGUACACUUAGCAUACUUACAUGUAAAUGUACAGUACUUAAAGUGUGCUCCUUUUAUAAAUUAAUAUAUACUUCUAUCAUGCUUAUGAAGUAUUACAGCAUGUACUCAACUACACUUUUUGAAACAUCAUAAAGUCAAAUGAAUUAUAAUUGUUAAAAUAAAUAGUGUUUUAUUUUA